UAGGGGGCGUUUUUACGUCUCACACUCUCCCUUUCUCACGAGGGUACUGCUGAGAUGGCAGAAUAAGUAUUCUGUUCGGGGAUUUAAACUAGCUCCCUCAAAAUGAGAAGAACAAACUCAAUGGAUUCUUGGAAAAGUCCUUUUCUUUUUCCUUUAUACCUAUGGAGUCACUGCGGCGGGGUGAGGUUCCUGCUCCUGUUGCUGAUUCUGCGUUUGGGGACUUGUGUGGACAAAGCAGAUGAUGAAGAUGAUGAGGAUUUAACAGUGAACAAAACUUGGGUAUUAGCACCAAAGAUACAUGAAGGUGAUGUCACCCACAUCCUCAAUUCUUUGCUUCAAGGCUAUGAUAACAAGCUUCGGCCUGAUAUAGGAGUGAGACCCACAAUAAUUGAAACUGAUGUUUAUGUUAACAGCAUUGGACCUGUUGAUCCAAUCAAUAUGGAAUAUACCAUAGAUAUAAUUUUUGCCCAAACUUGGUUUGAUAGUCGCUUGAGAUUUAAUAGCACAAUGAAAGUCUUGAUGCUUAAUAGCAACAUGGUAGGGAAAAUUUGGAUCCCUGAUACUUUCUUCAGAAAUUCAAGAAAAUCAGAUGCUCAUUGGAUAACAACUCCUAAUCGACUGCUUCGAAUAUGGAGUGAUGGAAGAGUUCUCUAUACCUUAAGGUUGACAAUUAAUGCUGAAUGCUAUCUUCAGCUACAUAACUUCCCUAUGGAUGAACAUUCCUGCCCACUGGAGUUUUCCAGCUAUGGGUAUCCUAGAAAUGAAAUAGAAUAUAAAUGGAAGAAAACCUCUGUGGAAGUAGCAGACCCUAAAUAUUGGAGAUUGUACCAAUUUGCAUUUGUGGGGUUACGAAACUCAACAGAGAUCUCACAUACACUAUCUGGUGAUUAUAUUAUCAUGACAAUCUUUUUUGAUCUGAGUAGACGUAUGGGAUAUUUUACCAUUCAGACAUAUAUCCCAUGUAUAUUAACAGUUGUCCUUUCCUGGGUAUCAUUCUGGAUUAACAAAGAUGCAGUUCCUGCAAGGACAUCAUUAGGUAUAACCACAGUGCUGACAAUGACAACACUGAGUACCAUUGCAAGGAAAUCCCUCCCUAAGGUUUCCUAUGUGACAGCUAUGGAUCUCUUUGUUUCUGUUUGCUUCAUUUUUGUUUUUGCGGCCUUGAUGGAAUAUGGAACCCUGCAUUAUUUCACUAGCAACAAAAAGGGGAAGAAGCUUAAAGACAGGAAGUACAAACAUAAGUCCAGGAAAUCACCUGCAGUUGCAGUCCGACCUGGAUCUACAUUGAUUCCAAUGAACAGCAUUUCUCAUCCACAACAACGAGAUGAUGAUUAUGGAUAUCAAUGCUUGGAAGGCAAAGACUGUGCCAGCUUUUUCUGUUGUUUUGAAGACUGCCGGACAGGAUCUUGGAGGGAAGGAAGAAUACACAUCCGUGUUGCCAAAAUUGACUCAUAUUCCCGUAUAUUUUUCCCAACAGCUUUUGCUCUAUUUAAUCUUGUUUAUUGGAUUGGCUACCUUUACUUAUAAAUUUCCAUUACUCCCAAAUAUUUACAAAGCCAAACUAAACAUAGAUAUUGUUCGAUGUAACUUAGUAACAUGAAAUUUAUUUUUUUACCAAUGCAAAAAACAAACAAAAAAAAUACAGCAGUAGUUACUUUGAACAUUCCAUCACCAUCUUUCUGAGGCUUCUAGAGUUGUAGCAUUUUGAGCAAAGUUAAUUAAGCACAUAUAAAUUACAGUUGAUGACAUUGUUAGCCCUUACUAACAAGAAUAUCAAGAUACUAUUUAUUUUUACCUAUAUUCACUUAAUUUUUUAAAAAUUAAUUUACUUUCUAUAAACACAAUUUCAAAGAUGUAAGCACUCCCUUGUGUCUGAUGUUAUGCUGAAAUGUAUUCCCAAUGUUUGUCUAGAGAGUCAAAUUCUAAAAAAGUAAAAUGCUUAUUUUUUAUCCUAACCAUUUUUUUCCAGUUUGAAGGUGUUACUCUCCUGAACUUAUUGACUGUAUGUAACAAAUUUUAUCUUUUUUUCAAUUCACAAGAUUUUAAGCAUUUUUCUCUCACACUUAUCCCUUCACUGAAGGGAAAAAAAAUAAUCCUUUUGACCAAUAUGCAUAGUCAAACUAAAAAAAGUGUGGAUUUUUUGGGAGUCAGGUGGGGAGAGAGAUACAAUAGGAUUUGAUUUCACUUUUUCUUUGUACAUUAUAUGUAUAGAUGUUGUUUUUUAAAGGACUUUAAGAAAACAAAACAAAAUAAGAUAAGUUAUCUUUUUUUAUCAUGGCCUGGAAGUAGACCUAGAUUCUUAAAGUCCAAGCCAGCUAAGAUAAAUCUGUGGCAGGUCUUACCUGGCCCCAAGCUGGAAAAGUUUUAUGUACAGGCAUGGUGACAUACUUUUCUCUGAGCACCAGCCUAACAAAGUUUAGAAAGGCCUAUCAUCACUGGAUUGGCUUACAUAGUUAUGAUUGUAAUACCUAUACACAUACAUAUAUACAUACAUAUAUGUUUGUGUGUAUACAUGUAUGUGUAUAUAUGUAUAUAUAGCUCACAAAUUAGAUAAUGUCUGUGUACUGUUUUUGCAAACUGUGAAACACUAUAUGUCUGCUAUUGUUACUAUUGAGGAAAAGGUUAAUUUUCAUUCACUAUAUAUUAUGUAAUGGAAUCAAACUCUUCAUAAAGAGAACAAAGGCCACUGAUGGGCCAAUUCCUAACCUUUUGAAGAAUGAUACAGAAUUAUAACUUUGCCUUUGUAGAUCACAGAGCAUGAUACCCUUUCGACCUGAAUACUAUCAUAUUAUGCUUUUGCUGAUUUGGGAACCUGGAAUAAAUCCAGGGGAGGAAUUUUUUUUUUACAAGCAAGUUGAAAGCAUAUGCAUCUAAAACCAUAACAUCUUGCAAAAAAAAAAAUGAAGAUGUGAACAUAAAAAUAUUGAAAUCAGCUAGCAGUGAAAAUAAAUGUAAAAAAGGUAACAAAUAUCUUUAUUUUACAUAAACUUGAUGUUGAAUUUUACUCAAAACUAAGGAGCAGUGCUUCUAACUUGUCAACUGUAUCUAUUUGUUUAUCUAUUUCCUUGAUUCUCAAAAAGUGUCUACAAUAUAACAGGUGAUGAUUAAAAUGUCUUUUAUUUGCAUAGGUCAUUUAGCUUAUUAAAAAUAAGAACAACAACUUUGCAUGUGCAGUAUGAUAUCAUCACAAUCCUGUGAGACAGAAAGGGCACAUAUUACUAUCCUCAUUUAAUAGAAAAGAAAACCAUGUCACAAAGGUAUUGAGUAAAUUGUCCACAGUUACUGAGGCAACUGAUGGUUGAAUUAUUGCUGGAGCAAAGUUCUUCUCAUCUCCAUACACCAGUCAUGAUGAUAUAAUGAGAUCUUGAAUAGCAGAACCCUCAAGGGCUCCUUGUCAAACUCAGGCUAGUGAGAUUUUAGAAGUACUCUAUUCAGAAUCAAUUAUUAAAAUUUUAAUUUUGCUUUAGUCUCUGGUUAAUCCUAAUCUCUCCAAUGUGUAAAUUAAGAGGAAAUAUUAGAAUUAUUGAGGGAAUCCAAUUAUACCACAACCUUAUCUAUCAUUUGAGGUGGAGAAAGACAGAAGACCUAGGGUCAGAAAGGAAUUUAGUGGAAGUGGCAGAAUUUUUCAUUUAUAUAUUCCACAAAUAUUUAUUAAUUUCCUGUGAUGUUCAAGGCAUUGUCACUAGUACACAAACUUUACUGGUUGCACAUAGUGGAGUUUUGUUUUUGUUUUUGUUUUUUUUUACUACCUCUGAAGUCUCCAUGGAUAAUGGUUCAUUACAGGAUAUCAUAAGCUUCAACAAUAUUUAUUUUGACUGGGCCAGUGGCAUUUUGAUGUCUCAUGGAUUUGGGGCCCAUUAUCUUUAUUUCUAUUGCAGGAGGCCCUUUCUCAACUGUAUGUUACUGGAACUGAUGGUAUUAAGUAGAAGGGCUGUUCUGUAUUUUUGAAAUCAUUGAUUUCCCAAUAUAACAGUAUCAAUAUUCCUGAAAAUGAUGAAUCCUAAAAGCUAGUUUGAUGGUUUAGUGAAGUACAUUUUUUUCUUUUUAAUUUUUUUAAAAGAAUUAGUGCUGAAGGAAAUAUUCUAAUUAUGGACUGAAAACUAGGGACUUAUAUUUUACAUAACAAAUCUUUAUUAGCAUUUGUAUUCUACUACAAGCAGAAGCACAGUUAUUUUCAAGUGUUUAGUCCUUUAAAAUAGUCUGAAAUAUUUACUCCUUAAAAGUUUUCCAUUUCUCUCUUUGUAUCUCCAGCAUCCAGCACUGUGCAUGGUAUGUAGCCAAUAUUUAACAAAUGUUUUUUGACUGAUUAUGAGGAAAGAAGAGACAUGAGAGUCAUAGGUUUUCUGUACUGCCCAAUGCUGGCCAGGUGACAAGGAAUGUAUUCCCAUUUAUUGGCAUCAUUUAUAACCAUCACUAUCAUAGAACUGAGUUGGAAUAGACUACAGAGGCCUUCUAGUCUCAUCCCUUAAUUUUUUAAAAUAAUUAUUUUAUUUUUAGUUUUCAACA